CCAAUUUGGAACGGAAGAGAAGGUGUCUGGGUCAAGGAUGAUGAACUACACCACCAUGGAGGAUUAUGAUUAUGAGUAUGAGUAUGAUCAAGAACAUUACAGUGACCUUCUGGAUAUCCCCGUAGACUGCCCAGCUGGCAACUGCUUCUCUAGUGAUGUGUACCUUAUAGUCCUGCUUGUGUUGUAUGCAGCCGUCUUCCUGGUGGGUGUGCCAGGCAACACCCUGGUGGCGUGGGUGACCUGGAAAGAGUCCCGCCACAGGCUUGGGGCCUCUUGGUUCCUGCACUUGACCAUGGCAGACUUGCUUUGCUGUGUGUCUCUGCCCUUCCUGGCUGUGCCCAUCGCCCAAAAGGGCCAUUGGCCAUAUGGGACAGCAGGCUGCUGGCUGUUGUCCUCCAUCACCGUUUUGUCUAUGUACGCCAGUGUACUGCUCCUGACUGGCCUCAGCGGUGACCUCUUCCUACUGGCUUUCAGGCCCUCCUGGAAGGGUGCAGAUCAACGAACACUUGGGGUGCGUGUGGUCCAGGCCUCUUCCUGGAUUCUGGCCCUGUUGCUGACUGUGCCUUCUGCUGUCUACCGUAGGCUGCUUCAGGAGCACUAUCCUCCCCAGCUUGUGUGUGGCACAAACUAUGGGGGAUCGGUUGCCGCCGAGGCUGCCAUCACCACUGUUCGAUUCCUCUUUGGCUUCCUGGGGCCAUUGGUGUUCAUGGCCAGUUGCCACGGCAUCCUCCAAUGGCAGCUGGCCCGCCGUCACUGGCCCCUGGGCACAGCUGUCGUGGUGGGGUUUUUCUUUUGCUGGACCCCUUAUCACAUCCUGCGGGUCAUCAUUGCAGUGGCUCCUCCAUACUCCUUGCUUCUUGCCCGGGUCCUGGAGGUUGAGCCUCUGGUUACGGGCCUGGCCCUGGGUCACAGUGCUCUCAAUCCCGUGAUGUUUUUGUAUUUUGGAAGAAAACAACUCUGCAAGUCACUCCAGGCUGCAUGUCACUGGGCCCUGAGAGAUCCACAGGAUGAGGAAAGUGCAGUGACCAAGGUCUCCACCAGCCAUGAAAUGGUGUCUGAGAUGCCGGUGUAGGCAAGAGGGAUUUGGAUUUCCUAGGCCAUCUCAAAACUGUGCAGCUUCAGGCACAGCUGGAUCCAGGAGCUCAGCGAUGGCUUUUAUUCUUCGUUCAAUAAACAUUCAUUGUGCACUUGCCUGUGC